CAUAGCUUCAUUCAUUCACUCUAUCCUGCUCGCUUCCCAUCCCUCUUCAAACACUACCUUUUCUUCCUUUUAUGCACUCUUUGUGGUCUUCGUUCCUCUUGUUUAUUCUUCUCACUUUCUCCUCUUCUCAAAAGGUGUGUCCUAGUUGAGGGCCAUAUUUACUACAUAUCUCGUUUCCGCGACCUUUUCAGGCGCUGGUUAGGAGAGUCGAAAAUGUCCUCGUCCAAUUCCUCAUCUAUCCGUAUUGCUGUGGAGGGUUGUGGUCAUGGCUGUCUUCACGAUAUCUACGCCUCCGUUGAAAAGGCUGCCGCUUUGAAAGGUUGGGAUGGUGUUGAUCUGCUGAUUAUAGGAGGCGAUUUCCAGGCUGUUCGAAACUCAAAUGAUAUGGCCUGCAUGUCUGUACCGCAGAAGUACAAAGAGUUGGGCGAUUUUCACGAGUACUAUAGUGGGAAAAGGACUGCUCCUUACUUGACCAUUUUUAUUGCCGGUAACCAUGAAGCCAGUAGCCAUCUCUUUGAGCUUUAUUACGGCGGCUGGGCUGCGCCUAACAUCUACUUCAUGGGUGCGGCAAAUGUUCUUCGCUGCGGUCCGGUUCGGAUUGCUGCCAUGUCUGGAAUUUGGAAAGGCUAUGACUACAGAAAGCCACACUUUGAGAGAAUACCCUACAACCGCGAUGACAUUCAUAGCAUUUACCACAUUCGGGAACUUGAUGUUCGCAAGCUUCUUCAGAUCCGCUCCCAGGUUGACAUCGGAUUGUCGCAUGAUUGGCCGAGUAAAGUUGAGUACUCUGGGGAUUAUGAACGGCUUUUCCGCCAGAAACCUCUGUUCCGUGCAGACUCUCAGAACGGCAAGCUGGGCAGCCAAGCUGCCAGAUACGCUUUGGACCGCUUGCGCCCUGCUUACUGGUUUUCCGCGCACCUUCACGUGAGAUUCGUUGCCUCCGUCCAGCAUGCACCUCAUGCUGUACAGGGACAACAGAAUGCUGCUCCGCACUCAUUUGGCUUGGAUGGUACUACUUUCACCUCCAUGGUGCUGGGUGAAGAAGAACCUACAAACUCCGGCGACACUGCGAACGAUCGUCCGAAGUAUAUUGCUCCUAUCUUUCCCAACGAUGAUGAACGAAAUCCACCGACUGGCGAACAUCCCAUGCGCCAAGGAAAUGAGAAUUUGCCCGCAGACCCUGUAUCAGAAUCCAAAGUGACAGAAGAAGUAUCAAUGCAGGGCGCGCCCGUCACCACCAAGAGCAAGCUUUCGGCAUGGCAAAAUUUUCACGAGGUAGCCGCCAAAAAUGAAGUUGCUGAAAAUUCUCGAUUCUUGUCGGAACACAAGACAAACCAAGAAGCCGCCUUGAAUAUGCAGCACAAUCUAACUUGGCGGAAGAUUGACCUUGAUGAGGAUGGAUUCGGUCGAAAGUUGCCUGGUAUCGAAACAAGCAGAGACGCGGAAACUCGCGAGAGCAAAAAGCAGAAGACCGAACAUGAUCCCCAGCCUGUCAGGAAUUCAGACGAGAUUGAACUCGAUCUUGACAGCGACUCCGAUCAAGAGCCGGAGACUGAGGCCCCUCUGGCCAACCCCACUGCAGACAAGACCCCCAGCGAACCCGAAGAAGUCCCUAAAGAACCACAACACAGCGAAAUUGGUGUAUCCCAAGAGCUUCGAAACCAACUUCCCGCUAGCUUUGCGCGUCCCCAAGCCUCUUCUGCUCCAGUCAACGCACCUUUCCCAGAGGCCAUCUCCAACGUAGUCACCAACUUCCUUGCACUGGACAAAUGCCUCCCGAAACGCGACUUCCUCCAAUUGAUCGAGAUCAACGCCAUCUCCGACCAAGAAGGCGCCCAAUUUGAGCGUCCGUUCCGCCUUCAGUACGACAAAGAAUGGCUAGCAAUUACCCGCGUCUUCGCUCAAGAUCUCCAUCUUGGCGAUCCCUCUGCCAGACCAUCUCCAGAUAAGGGCGACGCAAUUUACAGGCCUCAAAUCAUCGAAGAAGAAAAAUGGAUCGAGGAGCAUGUCGUCAAACCAAAAAAACUAGACGUUCCGGAGAACUUCACUCCAACCGCACCAUUCUAUGACCCUUCGGUUCCUAUCACAACUGAUCAAGGCCCCAUUGAGUAUAACAACCCCCAGACUGCGACUUUCUGCGAUCUGAUUGGAAUCGAAAAUAAAUUCCACCUCAGUGAUGAACAACGACAGGCCCGUAUGGAUAUUGGCCCGCGCCCGUGCGCUGACCAAGGUGGAAAUAUGAACCGAUUCCAAGGACGCCGCGGCGGGUUCGGUGGCCGUGGUGCAGGCGGAGGUGGAGGCGGACGCGGACAUGGUCGAGGUGGCUAUGGCAGUCGUGGCCGUGGACGCGGAGGACGUCGCUAGUUUUCAUCUUUGAUAGAUGAAAUCUGCAACGUCUCUGUGCUACUUGAUUUCAUACAUGGCCCGUUUGGUCUCUUUUCUCUGUCUCUCCAUUUCUUUCCAAUACCGCUGGCCGGAGAAGGACUGGAGAAUACUGGGACUUGACUUGCCUACGUUGUGUUUCGUAUUUUUGUUUUGUCCUUGCCUACUGGCUAGGCUUCUUUUUUUUUUUCAAUUUUGUGAGCAGUGGGUGCACAUCUUCCAACAGAUGAUGUAUACUACGGGCUGAAAAACGCAGCAAAAUAGUCGGUCAUCCAGGUGAUCGAUCCAAAAUGACUAAUUACGCCUACUGGGAAAUAACUAAGUAAUGUACUUUUCUUUCUUCUUUGUAUUACAUCAACUUAAGGCUAGAGAUGGGAU